AUGACCCGGUUUCAGGUGACGUUCGCGGACUGCGGUGAAAGAUCUACCAUGAGCUUCCCAUGGAAAAUAUUUGCGGUAGAAUCCACGUCCAGCAGAGACUCGGUGCGCACUGCCAUCACCGACACCCGGCGGUCUCCCUCAGCAAGCCCGGGACGAAGCAGCAGUAAAAUCCGCGGCUCCUCCGUAAGCCCCAUCAAUUCAACGAAUCCCACUGAGUCGCCGAGCUCACACUUGCAACAGCAGCAGCAGCAACAUCAGGGGAGGCAGAAGAAGCUGCCACAUGGUGCUGAUAUCUACCGGCGGGAGAAAGGAGAAGGGGUGCCGUUGUACCAGCGUCUCAGCCAGGAACCCCUCGCUGGUGACGCCUCCUUCCCUGCCUCCGCAGCCGAGAAGACAACGGACGGCAGCAAGAGCAGCGGCUGCGCUACCGACGAGCUGUCGGCCUCCGAGCAAGUAGACGAGCAGAGCCUCUUCGGACCGGGAGGCCUUCUGGCUAGACGGCACGUUAAGCUUGUCCUGUUCCUCGGGUGCAUAAGCGCGACCCUGGCGAUCGGAUUCGACGAGGUGUACCCUCUGUACGCGCUAAGUACUCCCAGCGUCGGAGGACUUGGCUGGAACACAGUCCAGAUUGGACAGGUACUGGUCAUGGCAGGCUUGAUGUUGGCCGUUUGCCAGUUCGUGUUGUUCCCCUCCUUCAUCAAGAUGGUCGGCAUCACAAGCUUUCAGCGUCUUGGCUGCGGAGUGGGUGUCGCCACCUUCCUGGCCGUCCCAGGGCUCACGUCAAUCGGCUGGGACUACGAUUCUCUAUUCUCUCUGUCGGUGGUCGCCAACAACUUGAUCUUGUGCAGUCUCGGGUCGAUUACGCUGGCACUGUCGCUCGGGUCUACCACCCUGGUUCCAUCCAGAAUGCGAGGGAAGCUAGGCGGGCUUUACAACACUGCGGAGAGCCUUGGCCGUUUCUGUGGCCCAGUCGGCUACGCCACCACGUACGCCUGGUCUGUGUCUCCUUCCACCCUCGAAGCCUUCGGCGGCUGGGUCGACUACCAUUUCGUAUUCUACUUGUCCGCAUUGGCCCUAGUUGUAGUAGGAGUAAUGGCCUGGAGAACGCUGACUGUGGAGAACUUGAUGUCUGAAGAGUUUGAUCGUGCGGACGUUGAUGUUGCUCAUCCAACAGACAAGACUGUACCCUCUUCUUCGUGGUCGGGUUGCACGGCUGAAGAAUGUGAAGAGGAAGGACAGGUAGGUAUGGGAGGCAGCGAGAGGGAAUCGUGACGAUGGCUAUCUCGACUCUGUUCGGCGGCCUUGAAGUUCAACCUACAAGUUAUAUGUGAUCAUUGUCACCUGGUUUUGUUUCCAUACGUGUUUUGCACACAACCUCUGAGGGAAUUUGUUGAUGUGUAUAGGCUCGUUUUUCAGCCGGUCCCAAGGAGGCACCGACUGUAUCACUCGGCCAAUAAUCAACAAUGCCAAAUCCAAGGAGGUUAGUUUUGGUCCUCGCAAGGGCAACGGGCCAUUGUUGCAGGUAAAACAUGUUUACCCUUCAUGUUUGUGGUGGGCUUCCAGUGGUGAGUUCAACUCGUGGGUCACCCGUUCCGACAAUUUAUCGAAGGGCUAGAUGGGUUAAUAGAGAACCUCGUGGAAGGGGGACAGCGUUCAUUGGGAUAGGCGAACUGACGUCACCUUUUGUGUUGGAUGACGCCAAGACGUCGGUCGAGAAGGAAAGGAUAGGUAGGAGUGGUUUGGUUGGGGGCGAGGCUGCCCGCACAGGUAUGGGCAAGUAGGUAAGGAGAGGGAAGGAGAUGGGAGGAGGGGGGAGAAGACAGACACGGUGCGUGUGUUUCCGAUUUUUUUCUCUUGUAUUCAAUUCGUUGGUUGUUGACUCUAAUUUUAUUACUGUCUAGAUGAGCCUUCGGUGAGGCACAAGGUACCGCUCGCGCGUUGGCCUUGUCGUGCUUGCGUCACACGUGCAUCCACCCAUAUGUUGUAACGUUUGGUACCACCAUAGCUUGAACGUCAUGUUGUCAGCACGUCUGCUGCAAUUUUUUGCAGCACAUCUCUAAGCCAUGUACGAUUAAGGUUCCCUGUCUGUUGUCAUUCACAGAAUAAUAAGGACCACUUGUGAAGAAGACACAAAUAGUUGGUGAGCUGUUUCGAUGUUUGCAGAUGGUACUGAUGCAUGAUCUAGUUUCAGAGACGUAAUGGCAUUGCGAGUAUAACCUAGACUUGCGUCAGUUGAGUGUGCGGUGACAAGUAACUCAGGUACCUGCGUAAAUCAUCAAUAUUUGUGUGCACUCGGCUGCCGAAUUUGCACGUACUUCAUUUCAGUUGUUGAAGCUGUGUUUGCAUUUGGUCGUGCGCCAGUGAAAGAAAACACUGACGCUUUCAUGUAGACUAUUUGGGUGCAUUCAUUACAAGUCCGAGAGCAUGAUGUUGAACUCCUGUUUGCAGAAAGGUAUCAAUAGCUUACCUCCUUGUAUUCUGGACACGCGUGGUUCGUUGAGGUUGCUGGAUAGGUGUAAUCCCGUGAUUUGGAGGAUAGGAAGUACUCUCACUCUGUCUCUGUGGGAAUUUUUGCCUCUCUGCAGACUUCUCCCGACGUCUCUCCCUGCAUUAUCUACAUUUCCACCAACC